AUGUCGUUACCUUGGCCGGAUGCCGGCUUUGUUGUGACGCGUAUUUCCGACUUGACUGAAAGGGCCGUCACGGUGAAGCAAUUGAGGCAGCUGUCGCUUUUCCUGCAGCGGCUGUGCAAGGCCCUGCUGUUGAAGCACAGUUCUCAGCACUCCAAAGAGAAUGGGUGCUAUGACGAAUACAUCACAUGGUUCGACAUCAACAUGUACGAUAUCACAUCCGAGGUCAUCAAGAAGGUGAUCCCCUAUGUGAACCCCAAAAUACAAGGAGCUCGCCAUGCUCAGAUGGCACAGGAAUGGUGCAGUUGGAGUGAGUUCGUAGCUCAUAAGCCCCAACCAGCACGGCUUAUGAUCAGCCAUUGGUGGGGAGGAAGAUUCCGAGACUUCAUGCGUGUCAUCCAGGAGCUCUGCGUGGACGAAGCCCUUCCUGGCAGUACCCCACUCUGGGUUUGCACUUUCGCCAACAACCAGUGGGGUGAGGAUUUCGGCGAUAGGCUGGCUACCUGCCCAUUCUAUCAAACAGUCGCCGCUGCAGACCUAACAGUCCUGAUUGUGGAUCGUUCAGCUGGAUCACUUGGCAGAGUGUGGUGUGGCCUCGAGCUCUAUUUGACCAUCCAGUCCCAAAAGCGUCUGUUGAUCUACACCCCAUCAGGAUUGGUGGGGCACUCCUCUGGGCGAGCCUCUUCCGGACCCCUGAUCGAAGCGAUCAAGGCUUGGGACAUUCGCCAAACCAACGCUUCCGAGGAUGCAUACCGACGUCAGAUCCUUAACUACAUCGCCGGCAUCGACGAAUUUCAAGGCCUGCAGGUGGCGGCGGAUGGUCGCUUGCUGCGCGAUCAUGGCCGACCUCUGCUGAAAGACCAAGACCAUGAUACACGCAGCCGUGAAGGAGAAUACACGCACGAAGCUAGCUUGUUCAAAGACCACUCCAAGGUCUUCGAGGAGUUGAAUAUGAUGGUGCGUGUCGAAGUCUAUGCGACUGUUGGACGAAGCCAUCUUCUACACGGCUGUCACGUGCCGAGGAAGGAGCACAGAGGUGUUUUGCUGGGGCAAUGGCGUGCCUUCACACGUCAGGCCGAGGCUGCCUGGUGUGAGCGGCGCUGGUGUUCAGAUGCCGAGACUCCUCCGCCAGCGAGCUUUCAAGAUGCUGACGUGCAUGUCAUCUAUAACUUCUUCAUCAAGCCCCGCAUCGGCGCCUCGAGGCGUUCCUACAUGGAAAUCAUUUCAGCUGGUCCGCAGCUGCCGAAAUACUACAUCAGUUUAUCACUGAGCACUCGAAUCAGCGAUGCUGCAGCCGCGAUCGACUGGUGGGCAGAGGCUCUUCAUUUGCCGGACUCGGCGGUGCUUUUCGUGGACUUCCUGUCUUCCAGACCCGAAGGCUCCCAGGAAGCCGGAGAGCACAGAGACAUCGAGGCAUCUGCGGAGCACAUCAAGGGUGUCGCCUUCCCGGCUGCAGACGAGCUCUUGGAGUGCCAGGCAAUGCUGGGAGUUCUUGAUCACGAUGCUCCGGAGAUGGCAAGCGCAUGGCGGUUUCUGGAGUUCGAGUUUGCAUCGCGGAAUGGUUUGGACAUCUACUUGGCCUGCGCGACAGGGGCGCUGGCAUGCAGCUGCCCAUUCGCGGAUGGCAGCUGGGUUUUCGGCAGGUUCGACGCAGACAUUGGGCGCAGCAUGCAAUAUGUUUCCAGCCGGAACUGCAGAGCUGAAGCGCGUGAGCUCCAAGCCAUCAAGGACUACUUCGAGUCACGAGGUCAUGGGCAGGCCAUCUACGAUCAGAUCGAUCGACGCUUCCAGCGGUGGGGAGCAGGGCCAGUGCUCCGCGAAGCUGCAGAGUGUGAUGACGAUGAGGAGGUCAAAGCUAUUUGCAUGAAUCCUUCCCUCGUUAUCAACGGUUCCAGCUUGCAGGGUGCCCACAGCGAAACAGCGUUGCACAUUGCAGCUGCAGCAGGGUCCAUGGAAGCUAUGAGAGCACUCCUGAGACUGCAUGCAGACCCCAACGCACAAGACCAGUUGGGCGAGACCCCCUUGCACUACGCAGCCCUUGCUGGCCAAAGUGCCGCCGCAUCCCUGCUCCUCGAAGCCAAGGCCAACAUUCUUUGCGAAAAUUCUCUUGCCCAGGAUCCCUUGUUCGUGGCCCAACAGCACACGAUUGCACGAGUCUUAAAUCCAGGUGGCGAAGAUGCAACCGUCUUCGCGCUGGCGCAGCUCUUGCAGUGGAACGGCGGUAGCCGACCUGCGAGUGCUGUUGGCUACAUCUACCGGGAGGAAGGCGGAAGCCUCUAUCGCUGGGUCGUGCAGUCGCAUGGAGGCGUGCAGAAUUUCGUGAACGCUCAUGCGGAUGCGCGGUUGUCACUGUUUGCCGGGCGCAGGGAGGCCAAGCACGCUCACAAGGAGAUCCAGUUUCCCGCGGCAAGAUCGGUCGCUGUGAACAUCAAGACUGCAGAGGGUGUGAAGGUUGUCCAGAAGCUUGCUUCAACGGUGGACGUGUUCCUGGAGCCUUUCCGGCCAGGGGUGGUGGAGAAGCUCGGUUUGGGCCCCGAGGUGCUCUGCAGUGAGAAUCCGGGUCUGAUUUAUGGUCGCAUGACAGGAUAUGGCCAGGGUGGAACAGAGUUCAGCUCGAUGGCAGGACAUGACAACAACUAUCUCGCUUUGGCAGGCACUUUGGACUUCUUCAGGCGCGGGGAUGAAAAGCCUUUUCCUCCCGCAAACUUUGCGGGCGACUAUGCAGGAGGAGCCAUGAUGCUGGCGCUGGGGGUUCUCCUGGCCCUGGUCGAACGCAGCCGGAGCGGGCGCGGCCAGGUCAUCGAUGCGGCCAUGGUCGAUGGCGCCAACUACACGGCACUCCCACUUUUCAAGUGGAUGCAAUCUGGCCUGGUUCCAGUAGGAAGUGACGGCCAUGUAGUGGCCUCAGACUUUAUCUUAUGUCAGGCGCCGCACUGGUCCGACAUAUAUCUCUGUAAGGAAGACCCCGAGAAGAAAGGAACACAUCAAUACAUCUCAGUACAGGCGAUCGAACCCCAGUUCUACAAGGUGCUCUUGAACGGACUUGAGCUUGCGGCAGAAGAGCUGCCAGCACAGUAUGAUCGCAAGGCUUGGCCUCUUAUGAAGUCCCGCUUUGCGUCGAUCUUCCUCACGAAGACUCGCGACGAAUGGGACGCGAGCUCGGGUGAAUCUUCAUGGGCCGAAAUAAAACUCCACCCUUAG